GGUCGCGUUACGGCCAUGAAGCAGCCUGGACUCCCGGCCCUGUAGUAGGGGGAGGACGGGCCCGGCCUGGGUGUAAUCCUCGGUAUAGUGUAACGUAACCAUAGGAUGUGUGUGAGGGCCGUGUAACCAUUGAAUACAAUGUACAGGGAUGAAGAUGAAGUUAUCCGUAAGCGACUCUUAAUCGAUGGUGAUGGUGCCGGUGAUGACCGAAGAAUUAACCUUCUGGUUAAAAGUUUUCUAAAAUGGUGCAACUCUGGAUCACAGGAAGAUGGAUACUCCCAGUACCAGCGCAUGCUCAGCAGCUUGUCACAGUGCUCCUUCUCCAUGGGUAAAACUCUUCUGGUCCAUGACAUGAACCUCAGAGAAAUGGAGAACUAUGAGAAGAUAUACAGUGAUAUUGAGAGCAGCAUCGCAGCCGCACAUGAAAAGAUCGCUGAGUGUAAGAAACAGAUAUUGCAAGCCAAACGUAUCCGGAAAAAUCGCCAAGAGUAUGAUGCAUUGGCCAAAGUCAUUCAGCAUCAUCCGGAUCGUCAUGAGACAUUGAAGCAGCUAGAAGCUUUGGACAAGGAGCUAAAGCAGUUGUCUCACACCAAGGAGAAUGUAGAGGAUAAGCUGGAGCUUAGGAGGAAACAGUUCCAUGUACUGCUCAGCACUAUCCACGAGCUUCAACAGACACUUGAAAAUGACGAGAAGCUGGCUCAGGAUUCCCAAAUGGAAACGGACACUCAGUAGUUGACAGCGGUCCUCACAUGUUUUCUUAAAGGAACAUGCCUAGUGCAGGACCUGAAGAAGCUUUGCAAAACUCCUAGGCAUGACAUAAGUGUAUCAGUUUUUUUCCCAGACUGUACUUUUAAGUACAUCUUAAAAUGUAACUGGAUUCUUGGUAAGCUGUAGUAGAUUCCACUGCUGUGUUAAGCUUUGUAGAGAUGGCAUUUGUGUACUGUUCCCAUAAAUGUAUAAUGUUGCCUACAGAUACCAUUUCGCACUGUGUAUACACAGCACAUAUUCUUUAGAAAUCGGUCCUUAAUUUUUGUUUUUCUUGGAAAUAAAACUUGGUUUUGGAAGUGUUUUCUAUACUUUACAAUAAAAUAAUUUUUUAUAUAUUCUA